AUGGCAUCCCUCCAGGAGCAAUUGGCGCAGCAGAUACUCCUCGUUCCUCCUCAAAAGUACAUCCCAGGUUACAAUGAAAGAUUCACUAGACUCAACCGGGGGCUUCUUGAGGGAAAGUACCACGACCUUUUAGAGGCCAGCGAUUUAAAAGAGAUUUUCAGCUUGCCCCAACUUCAAACGAUUCUAUCCCAGUACCCUGAAAGAGAACUAAUUGAGGUGCUAGAGUCCUUUACAGACACCUUGGUUGAUCUCAGCGCCAAGUUCAUUGGCGAGGACCACUGGUUCAGUCUUCAAUGUUUUGCAAUUGCAUUCUUGCAGCUUUUCAUCCAAGUCAACUUCACGGGUCCCUCCGUUAGCUUCAAGGCUGGAACAAUAUGGUUUCCUCAUGCCAACCAAGACAAGUUGCAGCUGGAUUGUAUUAGGAACCUCAGCGUUGGUGGGCAGCAAGCGUACGAUUUGAUGCAGGAUCCACUCCAUUUGAUAAUGGCCGAGUUGAUAUUUGAAAAAUUGAUCAAUACACCUGUUGAAGUGUCCUUAUUUAGCAAGUCGUUACUGCUCGAGCGACUCUUGAGCUUUAUAGGUGAACUGCUGCAGCAAGUGCAAGAUCCAUCAACUGCAGCUAUCUUUUGGUGGAAAUCGCGUGCUUUGCAAAUUCAUUCGGCAGUCUUGUCUGAACCAUCGAGCAUCAUCCUGUCAGUUUGCGGUAUGCUCAUGAAUGGGCAAGUUCUUGCACUGCUUGUGCCGCGUGAUGGUGAUGCUGAUGGUGAUGCUGUUGCUGUGCUAGAGAAACUUUUACGUUUUCAAUUCCUUCUCGAGCAAGCACGUGUUCAUAUCCAGUCGCAGACGGAGCAAGCGUCAGUUAAACCGUUGAUUGAAGCGUACAAGCUUUCCGGGUUCCAGCUCUUGCUUUCCGGCGCAAAGGCCAAGAGAACCAAGUUUCAGAACUUUUACACUUCGAAUCUCAUUGUUCUUGCCAAAAGCUCACAGCAAACCAUUUACGACGGCGGAGAGCAUUCUCAAACUGAAAACUAUGAGCUCGACUCUGACCUCUUGUUGGAAAAGCCAGAGUAUGAGUCCUUGGCUGAUCUUGACAUGGAGAUUGAAAACCAAAGCAAGCGGAUCAAAUUGGAUUACCUGCAGUUGGAACACGAUUUAAAAGAAGAAGAUCGGUUGCUCCCAAUCGCAAUGACCCAGGACGACAUCCCUCAGGAACUCAGGGAGCUCGAUCCAAACAACCAGCCAUUGUUGAACAAUCUAGAUGUGUUGCAAUUACUACUCAGGUUCACGGUGAUUAAGCAAACGUCUCCAAUGUCCGAUCCCUUGGUUGACGAGGAACUAAUGGCUUUGGUUUCCAGAGUCUUGUACAGCGACUCGGGCGAUACCAACUGGCUUCUCUUUGCUAGAGCUCUUUGGGAACGGUCCUUACUUGAGUCCGGGAAAUCUCGCACUGUUGAGAGGGGUAUUUUGCAAAUGACAUCUUUGAUUGAGGAGAUUGGGCUCAAGAUAAAAUCAAGAGUCUUGCCCGAGCAAAACAUUGGCGACCCUGCCUCGGAGGCUGCGCUGCGAUUGCGAUUCAUACACCAGUUGCCCUUGCUUCCACAAUGGAGCAUGGAUGCAAAGCUCGCCGAGCAGUACAUGUCCUUGGGUGUUAUCAAGUCUGCGCUUGAAAUUUACGAGCGACUCGAGUUGCAUUGCGAGGCGGCGUUAUGCUACGCGGCCACCGAUGCGGAACAAAAGGCGGAACAGAUUCUCGUUAACAGAAUCAAGCUGGUGCCAACCGACGCUAGGGCGGUCUCGAUUCUCGGCGACAUCAAGCAAGAUCCAGCAUUAUGGGAAAAAGCCUGGGAAAUGUCACACUAUGCCAAGGCGAAGUCCUCGUUGUCGCACUACUAUUACGCGCCACCUACCAACUCGGGCCUCAGCAAAAACAUUGAGCUAGCAAUCUCGCACAUGUUUGAUGCAUUGACAGCGAACCCCUUAAGCUAUGAAAAUUGGUUCUUUUACGGGUGCUGCGGGUUGGAGAGUGGUCAAUACGAACUAGCGUCCGAGGCGUUUACACGCUGCGUCUCCUUGGAUGACACAAACUCCUAUGCGUGGUCAAACUUGGCGAGCGCUUUGUUGAAGCUCGGCAAGUCCAAACCCUCAUUCCAUGCGCUCAAGAAGGCGAUCCGUUGCGGUGGCGACAAAAAGUCGUGGAGAAUAUAUGAAAAUUACAUGAAUGUGGCAGUGCAAUUGGGGGAAUGGAAUGAUGUCUUGUUUGCUUUUCGAGAGUUGUUGGAUAUUAAAAAUGACCAAGGAGACCAGGCCAUCGAUUUGCCCGUCUUGGAGAAACUUGCUGAAAUUCUAGUCUCGACGGACUACCCUGCAGAAGAUGCUGGGGCUAGACUAAGCCACUACCAAAAAUCCAGCAUCGACCUCAUCUGCAAUGUUCUCCCGCGAUUUAUCACGUCUUCUGCACGAUGCUGGGAAAUCGUGGCGCGCGUGGAGCUAUGGAGGAAACGGCCAUGGGCUGCGUUGGAGUGCCAUGAAAAGGCCUAUCGUGUUGUAUUGCACAAUCCAGAGCUUGAGUCCAAGCAAGAAGCCUGGGACGAUGCCGUGGAGGCAUGCGGGAACUUGGUGAGUGCCUUUGAGUCGUUGGGAGAGCAGGCCGGUAAGCAUGGUGCAGGAGACGUGGUUUGCAAGGACUGGAAGUACAAGGCCAAGAUGACUGUGCGCUCGUUGAUGUCAAAGGGGAAACAUUACUGGGAGGGGACCCCCAGUUGGGAUAGAUUGAUAGAAUUGAAGGAAGAUUUGAGUUAA